CACCCUCCGGGGAGGCCAGCCCGAACAUGGCCAAGCCGGCGGCCGGGUGGCCCGAGGUGCGGGACACGGGCGCCUCGCUGGGCCUGAUGCUGUCGGCCGUGCUGCUGGUGGGGGUGGCCCGGGUGCUGGUGAGGCGACAGGUGUCCGCCAAGCCCGCGCUGCAUGCCUUCCUGCAGGAGCUGCUGGCCACCUUCCAGCUGUGCCUGUGCACCCAGGAGCUGCAGGCGCUGGGCGAGCAGGAGCCCCUGCACCCCACCUGGGCCCUGACCCUCGUCUACUUCUUCUCCCUGGUGCACGGGCUCACGCUGGGCGGCACCAGCAACAACCCGUGCGGGGUGCUGCUGCAGGCGCUGCUGGGCGACGUGCAGCCCGCCGCCGGGCUGCUCAAGCUGGCCGCGCAGCUGGCCGGGGCGCUGGGCAGCAAGCUGUGCGCGGCCGGCCUCUGGAGCCUGGGGCUGGCCCGCUUCCACGACAGCGGCCGCGGCUUCGUGUGCCGCAGCCCCGUGCGCGUGGACGCGGCCAAGGCCUUCCUGGUGGAGGGCCUCUGCUCCUUCAUCUUCCACAGCGCGCUGCUGCACUUCCACGAGGUCCACGCCAAGCUGCGCGUCCACCUGCUCUCGGCGCUCAUCACCUUUCUGGUCUACGCAGGAGGAAGUCUGACCGGGGCGGUGUUUAAUCCAGCAUUGGCACUUUCACUACAUUUCAAGUGUUUUGAUGAAGCCUUUCUUCAAUUCCUCAUGAUAUACUGGCUGGCUCCUUGUCUAGGUGUAAUGCUGGUGAUCUUGACAUUCAACUAUUUACUGCCAUGGCUGCAUAACAACCGAGUAAAUGAUAAACACGAAUGACUUUUCUAAAAGUUACAGGACAGUUGAGCCGGAUAUACGAUCACCUCUUAGUCGAUAAGUUUGCUGCACUGGACUCAUCAUUGUUAGUAUCCCAAGGAAGCUAAUCUCUCUUCUUUCAUCACUGAGACUCCGAAAAUCCUGUGAAACCUCGAGGUAGUUUGUGUUCUUAAGGCCUGUUCCAGUGAAUGUGUAUUAAAUGCUGCUAGAAGGCUCAUGACAUUAAAUAUAAUCUCAAGUGA